ACAUGACUUUGUGAAUUUGUGGUUGUCAUUUUGCAAAAUUGUUUAAAAAUCAUCUUUGCUUGCAGCCGUGUUGCAAAUUCAUAAGAAUUCUUUGUUCCAAAGUGAUUUAAGUGAAAAAACUUAAUAAAUUAAACAAUACCAAAUUGUUUUUUAAUUCUUUUUCAAUUCAAAACAUUCAAAAGUCUGCAUAAUGUCUCGUGGAAGUUCAGCCGGCUUUGACAGGGUUAUUACCAUCUUUUCGCCAGAAGGCCGCCUUUACCAAGUUGAAUAUGCAUUUAAGUCAAUUAACCAAGAAGGUAUCACUUCGGUGGCUAUAAAGAGUGGAGAUUGUGCAGUCAUAGCUACACAGAAAAAAGUCACAGAAAAGCUUAUUGAUCCCAGCACCGUGACGCACAUCUUCAGAAUUACCAAGCAAAUUGGUGUUGUUAUGACUGGAAGAAUAGCUGACAGUCGCUCCCAGGUCCAGAGAGCGCGGUAUGAAGCUGCUAACUGGCGCUACAAAUACGGCUACGAGAUGCCUGUAGACGUCCUUUGUCGCAGAAUCGCUGAUAUCAACCAGGUCUACACCCAAAACGCUGAAAUGAGACCACUCGGCUGCAGCAUGAUUUUGAUUGCUUAUGAUGAUGAGAAUGGCCCAUGUGUCUACAAAACUGACCCUGCUGGCUACUACUGCGGCUUCCGAGCUGUUUCAGUUGGCGUGAAACAGACCGAAGCCAACAGCUUCCUGGAGAAGAAAUACAAGAAAGAUUUGUCUGAGGAGAAAACCAUCCAAUUGGCAAUCACUUGUUUGUCGACUGUUCUCGCUGUUGACUUCAAGCCCAACGGCAUUGAAGUUGGCAUCGUUAGCAAAGACAAACCCGAUUUUAGGACUUUGGAUGAAAAGGAAAUCGAAGAACAUCUAACGAAGAUUGCCGAAAAGGAUUAAAUUUAGACAAACAAAAAAAUGGGUUUGUCUGGUUUUGAUUUUAAUUAUAAUUUUUUGUUUGUAAUGAGAUAAAAAUUAAAAUAUUCACUUUGGAGAAAGGCCUUUUUAAAAUAACAAAAA